AUGCUUCCGACUCCCAAUGUUUCUUGCGAUUAUGACAAGGUUUAUGAACCUUCAGAAGAUACCUUCCUACUACUGGACGCUCUUGAAAAAGACCAGAGUUUUCUAAACGGAUUUUUGAGCUCCAAAGUGAACGUAGUAUGCGAGAUUGGCUGUGGAUCAGGGAUAGUAACAACUUUUAUGAUGCAAAACUAUAUUCCCAGCAAAUAUGCUAUAUACAUCCCUACUGAUGUGAGUCCAUGGGCAAUGGAAUCCAUGGUCGAUACUGCAGGCCGCAACGAGUGUGACCAACGAAUCUUAAGUCCCGUGCGCAUGAAUUUGGCUCGGUCGAUGCGUUCGCAGCAAAUUGACUUGCUAGUCUUUAAUCCGCCCUAUGUGCCUGCAGAGACAGUCCCAGAGUUACCUCAGGAAACAGAAGCACCAGGUAACGAGGUCUCCGGAAUUAAUGGUGACUGGUUAGACCUUGCGCUUUUAGGAGGUGACGAUGGAAUGGUAGUCACUUGGCAAUUACUUCACAGUUUGCAUGAGUUUCUGGCACCCAAUGGGGUAGCAUAUAUUCUCUUUUGUGCAAGGAAUAAACCUCUCGAUGUUGUCAAGUUUAUGCAGCUCCAAGGUUGGAAAUGUGAAUUAGUCAAACAUCGAAAAGCUGGCUGGGAAGUACUAAGCAUCUACAAAUUUUACCGUUAA